AUGGAGUCCUCAGUCGUGCCGCCCGAGAUAACAGCAGAGCUCACUCAGAUUCUCGCAAAUCUCGUACUCGGCGAUAACAACAUACGCGCCAGCGCAGAAAAAGCCGUCAAUGAUCGCCUCGCCCAGACACCCGAUCUCUAUCUCCUCGCCCUCGCCCAGUUCGCGAUCGCGGCAGAUACAGAGAUCAUGCGCUCCUUCUCCCUCGUCCUCCUCCGCCGUCUGCUCUUCCGUCCCUCCGCCGCACAGCAACAGCAACCACACCAACUCCCACCGAAAGAUCCGCGCAUGACGCUGUACGACCAGCUCCCCGUCCAGGCCCUCACGACCCUCGAGCGCCUCCUCCUCCACUCCCUCUCGCACGAGGCAUCCGACUCUGUGCGCCGCAAGGCCGUCGACACCGUCACCGACCUCGCGAACAACGCCAUGGCCCGCGGAAGGCCGUGGCACGCGCUGCAGGCCCAGACGUUCAGCAUGGCCCAGGCGGACAGGGCCGGGUACCGGGAGUGCGCGUACAGGGUGUUUGGCGGGUGUCCGAAUCUCGUCAUGGAUCUCCAGACGGACGCGGUGCUGAGUGUCUUCCAGAAGGGCCUGCAGGACGGAGAGAGCACCGAGGUCCGCCACGCCGCCCUCGAAGCGUGCGUCUCCUACCUCUCCGCGAGCGACGCCCACCAGCUCUCGCAGUCGCUCUCCCUUUUGUAUCCGAUGCUCGACACCCUCCCCGCGCUCCCGGACGCGCAGCUCAAGCUCUUCCUCAACACCCUCAUCCCGCUCGCGUCGUCCCACCCGAGCCUCUUCGCGCCGCACCUCCCGAAUCUGCUCGCGUACAUGCGCGCGCUCAUCAUGCCCGCCGUCGACUCGGGCCCGACGCCCACUGUCAGCAAGCCGUUUCCCGGCAGCGCGCGGCGCAGGGGAAGCGCGUUCACGUUCCCGCCCGAGGGCCACGUUUCCUCGCCGGACGAGGGCGACGAGGACGAGGAGGACAAGGACGCGGUGCGCAAGGCCGCGCUGGAGCUCAUGGUUUCUCUCAGCGAGGCCAAGCCCGCGAUGGUCCGCCGCACGGACGGGUGGACGCUCGCGCUCGUGCGCGCGUGUCUCGAGGGCAUGGGCGAGCUGCCAGAGGACGGGACGGAGGCGUGGCUCGAGGCCGAUCCAGCAGACGAGACGGACGAGGCGUACCCGCACGCGUACGAGCAGGCGCUCGACCGGCUCGCGUGCGCGCUCGGCGGGAAAGCGGUUCUCCCGCCCGCGUUCCAGUACAUACCGUCCAUGCUCGCGGACUACGACUGGCGCCUGCGGCACGCGGGGCUCAUGGCGAUCGCGGCGAUUGCGGAGGGGACAAGUAAGGUCAUGCAAAACGAGCUGGGCAAGGUCGUCGAGCUCGUGACGCCGAUGUUCAAGGACGCGCACCCGCGCGUGCGGUAUGCGGCGUGCCAGUGCGUUGGACAGCUAUGCACGGAUCUCGAGGAGAUCAUACAAGAACGGUACCACGAGCAGCUCUUCAGCGCGCUCAUACCCACGCUCGAGGCGCCUGAACCGCGAGUACACGCACACGCCGCGGCGGCGCUGAUCAACUUCUGCGAGGGCGUCGCGCACGACACGCUCGUGCCGUAUCUGGACCCGAUCGUCGAGCGCCUGCUGAAGCUGCUCGAUCCGCACGGCGAGCAGGGGCAGCGCGUGAAGCGCUAUGUGCAGGAGCAGGUCAUCACGUCGCUUGCGAUGGUCGCGGACGCGAGCGAGGCGACGUUUGCUAAGCAUUAUGCGUCGAUUAUGCCGCUGUUGUUGAAUGUGCUGCGGAACGCGAAUUCGCCGGAGUAUCAUAAGAUACGUGUCAAGGCGAUGGAGUGUGCUGGGCUUAUAGCGAUCGCCGUCGGACGUGACGUUUUCCGGCCGGACGCGAGCACGCUCAUCGAGCUGCUUAUCAAGAUACAAGGCGGACCGCACGACCCGAACGAUACGCUGCUCGCCAACUACCUGAUUGCGACGUGGGCAAAGAUAUGCCAGGCGAUGGGACCCGACUUUGAGCCAUAUCUACCCGUCGUUAUGCCGCCGCUGCUGAACGCCGCGAACGCAAAAGCGGACGUGUCGGUGUACGCAGAUGAAGACGAUGAGAACGGGUACGAAGAGCGCGAGGGGUGGGAGACGAUCAACAUGGACGGGCGCAUCGUCGGCAUCCGGACGUCGACGAUCGAGGAGAAGUGUCAGGCGUUCGAGACGCUGCUCAUCUACGCGGCGACGCUCGACGGUCGCUUUGCGCCCUACCUCACGCAGGCGCUCGAGCUCGCGCUCCCGGCGCUGCGGUUUUACUUCCACGAAGGCGUCAGAGAGGCCGCGUGUCGACUCAUCCCGACGCUCUUCUCGUGCGGCAAACACUCGUCGACGCUCUCCCCGCAGAUCGUCAGCGCGUCCUUCCUCGCGCUCGUCAAGUGCAUCGCGACCGAAACCGACCCCUCGUUCCUCGCCUCGCUCUACCGCGCGUUCAUCGACGCGCUCCUCGUCAUCGGCGGCGCCCGCGCGCUCCCGCCCGAGCUGCAGCACGGCGUGCUCGACGCGACGAAGCACCAGCUGCAGGCGCUCGCGGAUCGGCGCAAGGGCCGCGCGGAGCGCGCGCCGCACGAGCUCGAGGACGAUAGGCAGGAGCUCGCGCUCAUUGAGGAGAUGGAGGACUAUGCGCUCGAGGACGUUGCGCGGCUGCUCCGCAUGUUCGAUGCGCAGCAUCCGCUGCUGGUUGCUGUGUCGAGCGUGCGGGAUCUUGGGUUUAAUCAGUUUGAUGAGGACGCGGAUGAGGAUGGAUGA